AUGGAAACCAUGAGCGAUAAUUAUCUUUCGCUGCCCGCUAUUGCGGAUUUCAUCAACGCGUAUGAGGAUAAACCAACCGCUGAGAAUGCCAAGAUCAUGGUGAGCGGUCUCCUCACUUACGCUUUCGAUUCAAAUGAUGGCUGGGUUCUCAAGUGGCAAGAGGACGAGGAGAACAACCAUUCGAACUGUUUCAUCGUGAGAGCUACUGGUGAAGACAGGGCCCUACACAUCAUCGUGAAGGUUAUUCUCGACACAUCUGCUCCAAUCCAAGAAACAUGGGAUCAACACGUGCCCCGCCUGCUCAGUGCCCCGAUUCCCAGCGAGCGAUGCUGGGCCCUCCUCAUCCGUGGCCUCAAAGUCUGCCUUUACGAGUACCACCGUGACCAAGAGCCCGGCUACCGUCUGGUUCCCUGCGACUUUAAGAUCAAGGACAAGAUAAAGCAGUCAAUUCACAUUCGCAAACAUGCUGACGCUGUCAACAACAUUUUCGUGAGCAUCCCUGCCCAGGUCCCGCAACCACUUGAUGUCGGUGAAUACGGUAGCUUGGGUGCGAAUAACUCUUCCACCGACAUGAUUGAUGGGUCCAAGCCUUCCCCUGAUGAUACUCUUCUGACUGCCCCUGCUUCUGCCUCUGCCGCGCCUCUCGAGACCUCCCCCAAGGAUCCUCCCGAGGCCAUCGAGGAUAAGACACAUACGAAAGCUGAGCCUCUUACUGAGCGUGAGGUCGCUGCCCAGGACAAGACAGUAACUCAACUCGAUACUACUACUUCUCAGACCAACCAUGCUACUGGGGCCAAUGCAACCCAGGCCAAGAUAACUACUCAAGCCAAGCCUGCUCUUCCGGCCAAGGCUGCUGCUGCGGCCAAGAGUGCUACUCAGGUCAAGCCUGCUGCUGGGGUAAAGGGUGCUACCCAGGCCAAGACUACUCAAGCCAAGGCUGCGCUUCUAGCCAAGGGUGUCUCUGGAAUCAAGCUCACUCCCAAGAUCAAGCCUACACCGGAGGUUUAG